AUGGCAUCCAAAUCGAACAUCCACCUCUACACAACCCAGACUCCUAACGGCAUCAAAGUGUCUAUUACGUUGGAAGAGCUUGGUCUUGCAUACACGGUGCACAAGGUUGAUAUAUCCAAGAGCACCCAGAAGGAGCCAUGGUUCCUUGAGAUCAAUCCUAAUGGACGGAUUCCCGCUUUGACCGAUACGUUCACAGAUGGCGAGAAUAUUAGAUUAUUUGAAAGUGGUAGCAUUCAGCAGUACCUUGUCGAUAGAUAUGAUGCAGAGCACAAGAUUUCAUAUCCAAAGGGAACAAGAGAGUACUAUGAGGUCAACAACUGGCUCUUCUUUCUCAACGCUGGGGUAGGUCCCAUGCAAGGCCAAGCCAAUCACUUCACCAAAUAUGCACCCGAGAAGAUUGAGUAUGGUAUCAAUCGCUACGUAAACGAGACCAGGCGUUUGUAUUCUGUCUUGAAUACCCAUCUCGAGAAGUCCACCUCUGGUUAUUUGGUGGGGGACAGAUGUACUAUUGCUGACAUUGCCCACUGGGGUUGGGUGACUUCUGCUUUCUAUAGCGGAGUUGACAUUGAGGAAUUCCCGGCUCUGAAGGCAUGGGAUGAAAGAAUGGAGAAGAGACCUGCAGUAGAAAAGGGUCGACAUGUCCCAGAUCCGCACAGUAUCGGAGCCUUAAAAAGGGAUCCCGAUCGUGAGGCGAAAAUGAAGACUGCAGCUGAGAAGGGCAGAGAGUGGAUACAGACAGGCAUGAAAGCCGAUGCCAAGAAAUAA